GAACGGCGAGACAGUGCAGAUGUGGAAAAGCGAUGGCACCACGAACCCUGGACCUCGGACCGACUGGAAUGCCUGGCACGGCGACAAGGCUGUCAGUGCUGGCCCUGCAGGCAUCGGGUACGGGAACCGAUUCUUGCAAAUUGACAAGUUCCGCAUCGGAGAAGCAGACGAUGAGGGUGCGUGGCUGUACGUGAACCACAUCAACGGCGAUGAAAAGACCGUUGAGGCCUUUAACAAAGAUGGCACCUGUCAUGCGGACCGGCGACGACACGGUCGCAUUUGGUCUACUGGCAUUAACGAAAGACACGUACUGUGGCACUGCGGCAACAUCCAGAGCAAGCUGGGCUCCUGCAGUGGGAUCACCACAGGUCCCGGCUUCAUCCAAUUCGGGGACUGGCGGCUCGCGGCGGUUGACGAAGAGCACUUCUCCAUCUCGCACCGGGACCUGGAGGAGGUGAAGCUCGGAGAUCGUUUCAUCCAGUUCGGCAAGUUCUGGCGGCUGGGCGAAGUGGAUCAGCAAAAACUCUCCAUCUCUCAUUCCAGUGGCCAGACUCCCAUGGUCUUCAGAGACGAUGGACACUUGACAGCCGGGCCUAGCACCUCCGACAACCUUUUCAGCCGUAAAACAACAGGUGGGCCCAAGGGCAUCACUUUCGGUGAUCGCUUCGUGCAGAUCGGCAGCUUUCGACUUGGGGACGUAGACGGGUGGCGCUUCUCCAUUGCGCAUGUGACGACCACCAAUCGCAUUGAGCUCUUCAAAGGAGACGGACAUCGCGACAACGGCGAUGAGGCAGAAUGGACAACGCUUGGUCGGAAUCAUGUGGCCGGCAUGGGAUCCACUUACGACGCCAGUGGCCCUAGCGACCUGCCACUCGGGCGGAGAUGGGAGCGCUUCGCAGUCGUGGAUGCCGGCAACGGCCUCGUCGCGCUGCACAACGCCAGAAACAACAGGUUCAUGAAGCUGAGCCACACUCGGGUGGAGGGGUUCGAGAUCGUCGAUGCGGGCAAUGGGAUGGUGGGUCUCCACAACCCCCACCACAACCGUUUCAUACUUAUGGACGGGAACGGCCAUGUGAAACCGAGCAGCCAGAUGGAUGCCAACGAGCUGGCACCUACCACCAAGAGAUGGGAACGCUUCUACAUGGUGCCUGUGAGGAACUACCUUCAGCCGGACACCUGGGUGGCCUUGCGCCUAGGGUGGAACCCAACGGCCGGCAGUUUCAUCCAAAUUGAGGGCGACCGUGUGGAAGGAAAGCUGCUGGACGUCAACGGUCUCCAUGAUGGACAUCGUUGGGAGCGGUUUAGGGUGGUGGAUGCUGGCAACGGCAUGGUUGCGCUGCACAACCACGCUUGGAAUCGCUUCGUGCGGAUGAUAUGGAAUGGGCAUCAGCAUUUGAUGACUACCAGCUCCCCAGCACCUGAUACCAGCGUCGCGCUCCCCAACGGGUGGGAGGAAACGAUGGCGUUCGUGCCGCUGUCCGUCAACCCAGACAGCAACGAGAUCGUCCUUUGGCAUCCCGGUCACAGUCGCCGCUCGGCCGAUUGCACAGGGCUUAGGGACAGUCGCUAA